GCCGGCAAUGCCGCGCCGGGAUCUCUGUUCCCUAUGCCAGCACAUGUAUGCAUCUGGCGUCGAGCCGGCAACUGGAAAUGAAAUCUGGCUCGCGCGAAAACUGUUCCGCGAACGUUGGCAAGGCAAUGCUGCGAUUCACGAAGGCCUUCAGCAAUUCUCCGAUCUUCUUAAUGACCCUGAAGCCAUUCAGCAGAUGCAGGUCGUCCAGGUCUGCGUGUUCUGUGCACAGUUCAUUGCAUCCAAUUCCCUCAAAGACCUCAAGAAGAUCGACGAUACAAGGCAUGUUCUAUUGGCACACUCCACAACCCGCCAUGCACAUUCUGCAAGUCUCGUCAUUCAACAUCGUGCAGGAACAAGCGUCGAUGCGGACGCUGCCAUCUUACGCUAUCUCCCCAACGAAAUGAACCGCGUGUUGACUAUUCGGCCAUCCACGACGUCAAAGACCACGAAAGUCGUCAAUCUAAAGCGGCAACAGCAGGAUGAGGUGAUCUUCGGCACAAAUCCAUCCAUGGUGACAACCUUUUAGCUUCGGCACUUUUCACGCGCAUCUCGAGUGGCCAGUCCAGCGUUCCACGACGCAAAGCGCGACCAGAGGAGACAGCGAACGUCUCCACCCAACUCCCAAGAUGUCACACCUCCGUCAAUACCGUCGCCUCUUUCGCCAUCGCAGAAGCCGCCAUCCUCGGCGAAGCGCUGCACCAUCGUCACCAAAAAGAUCGCGGGCGGCCGCUUCUCCAAGCAAGAGGUGGUGUUUCCCCCGAUGUCAACUACGUUUUUCUAACGCGUUAAAUAUUAAACGCAACGUCAUGUACAA